UCAGAUCAAUGAUAAUUGUCCUUCUUCGUUUUUGAUUUUUCGAGCAUCUUGCACUGUGGUAACUUUUUGCGGUUUCGCCUGCCGCCUUGUCGUGGUUCUAUCGCACAUUAUCCUUCCCUUCUGUUUCAAGAUGAAGACAGCAAGCAGCUUGCUCGUCUGUGCUGUUCUCAUGCAAGGAGUCCUUGCUGGGCCAAAGAGAGGCAGACAUGAUAACAAAAAAGCUGUGGAUAUUAGCCAGCCACCCGUUGUGGUUGCCCUUCCCCCUGCCGUUGAAAUACCCACUGAGAAGCUGACGAAAUGCUUCGAAGUCCCUUUUUCGGUACAACAGCCUUGCACAUCAAAAGUGACAAUUCAGCAGCCUUACGACUGCGAUGGAUCCGAGCUCCAUGAAGUUUGUACCGAACACGUAACUGAGGUCCCCUCAGUAUGCUACGAGACAGUGGUCCGCGAGGAAACGUACGACUGUCCGGUUACGUCGUCCCAGAAGGUCUGCGUGAAAAUCCCAGUCUCGGAAUCACGAGUGUGCAAGUCGACAACGGUCAAGCAAGUGAAAAAGGACUGUCCUGCUGUGGACAAGGUGACCACCUGCCAGGUCUUGUCCGACACCGUCGAAGGCGUGUGCCUGGAAAGCGCAGUUGUCGAUCAAAAGUACAGCUGCUGGAAAACUGAAGUUCGGCAAGAAUGCGAGACGCACAUGUUGACGGCAGCGAAUCAGUGCACAAGGGAAGUGCAGCAUCCAGUCCCGUACGAAGUUGUCGAGGUCGAAUACGACACAGUGUGUAAGAAGGUCGAGAAGCCUAUUAUUGUCUCAGCCGUUCGAGAGAAAGUCGAGACCGAAGAAUAUCCGUGUCCCGAGAUUGUGCACGUGAAGGAAUGCCAGAAGACCACAAAGCAGGUCCAGAAGCCCUGCAUGAGGAAGGAAAUGCGACAGGAAAAUUACGAUUGCUCUGAGACGAAGCUGCAGCAUGUGACAAAAACCUGUACGCGGACAGUUCCUCGCGAGAGCUACAUCUCGACCUGCGCUCCAAUUAUUUCCAAAAAGCUCAGAAGGCUCGGGCCCGCAAAGAAGAACGAAGAGGAGUGCACAAAGAAGAAAGUGGUGGUCGACGAGGUAGAAUCGUAUCCAUGUGAAGAGAACAUUCCAGUCGUUGUCCCUAAGAUAUGCCAGAAGGAAGUGGAAGUAGAUGUUGAGUCAUCCUGCUCGGAGACACUGCCUGACGAAGUUUGCCACAUGGUGCAGAAAACCGUUCCGAAGAUAUGCAGCCGACCCAAGAAGGGAGCAGAGACAUACGAAUACACAGAUGUGACUUACGAGGAUGUAUGCGAGAAGAUUCCUCGAGAAAUUAAGAAGACUGCGCUCAAGAUGGAGACGAGGACGGAGACGUAUCCCUGCGAAACGGCGAACUUCAAGGAAAAGUGUGUUGACGUGACCGUGCCUGUCCAAGCAGUGUGCCAAGCCAGCCUCAUGAAGACUAUCGAAAAGAAAUGUCCUCGGACUGUCUACAGAUCUGAGUGUUACACAACCGAGGUGGAGGUUACAAAGCCCUGUUUCGCCGAAGUGGAGCACGAACAGGAGUACACGUGCUUCGAGCAAACCUUCAAGGAAAAAUGCUCUACAGUCCCAGUGUACGAGAUGGGCAAGUGCAAGGCGGUUGUCUCCCGUGAGCAGGAAGUGUCGUGUACAAGGCCUCACGCAGUACUCGACUGUACAAUGCAAGCCUUCCCAGUCAAGAAGACGUGCUUCAAAGAGGUGAAUGAUGUGAAGGACGAAGUCUGCUACACCACUGGCGCGCAGCAGGAAUGUGUUGACCUCAUUGUCACUGCCUUGCCUCCGGUCCCAGCGCCGGGCAAAGAAUGAGUACAUGCUGUACACAUUUUGUCGAGACUUGUCUCGUCUCGUGACUCGAGCAGUGGUUGAGCAAAUCUUGCUGCGAUGUAGUCGUUGUCAGCGUGUCAAUGUUUCAUUUUGGAUUAAACUCAAUUGCAUUGUUUGUUUGGCGCCGACGGCGUCACACACUGGAACUGGUAAUUUGC